UGUAAAACUUAAUCCUUUGCACCGCUUAUUUCUGGUUUCUCCCUUCUCACUCUAGCAUUAACGCAGCUCUCUGUCUCUCUCUCACGUCUCCGGCCACUCUGUGUUGCCGUCGUCGUCGGCCCUCGUCUCCCAAUCUCCCUCAUCACGUGUCGCCGCCUUCGCUCAGCCCCUGUGGCCCCGAUUCGUUCCCCCUUCUCAAUUCUUGGCGCCUGCGUCUGCAACAGCGUUUAUUCCUCUUCACUUCAUCAUCUCGGCCGAUUUGCUGCCAACGCCAUCGAACCAACACAAGUUUUCUGCAACAAAAAAAGAGAAGAUUUUUCGAAAAUAUAGGACAUAAGAAUUACAAAUCUAAAAUUGCACAAUGGAAAGAUGAAAAAUUAGCAGAUAAUGAUAAUCUAUUUAUAGAUGGUAAAUAGGGCUUAGUAUAGAUAGAUUGUUCGACUCACAUCGACGAGACAGCUGUAUUGGGUAUAUUUGAAAUCUGAAUUCUCUUUGAAUUUUCCCUCGUCCCUCUCCACCCAUUUUUUACUUCCAGUGAAAUGCAUCAUUCAGUUGCUCGUUCGAGUAAGUAAGUUCUAUUAUACCAUCUGUUCCUCCCAAGCCCUAAUUCCCCUUCUCCUUCGCCUGCAUCUUCAAUUCCAGAGUUUGGAGACACAGCGGCAGAUUCAAGUAAAGAUAGCGUAGAAGGCUUUAAUGGCAAAAAAGAGAGGUAGAGCGAAAAAGCAACCGGUCAUUGAGGAACAGAAUUGUAAUGAAGAAGGCGAUCCACUGGAAAAGAAAGACGAAGCAUUUGACAAUAGUGAAGUUGAACGCCAAUGUGCUGCAAUCAGAGCUCUCCGGGAUGUUGAAAUCGAACAGUUUGGCACUAUGUUGCGGUUACUUCGUUCGUAUUUCAGCGAAGACCAGUUGCAGGUUCCUGUUUUGCAGUUUUUUAGGGAAAACCUUCCGAACCUAUCCCUUGAAAAGGCUGAAAAAGAUGGGCAAUAUGAAGUGAAAUGGAAACAGAAAGAUGUGGAUGCAACUCUGGACCAUGCUGAUGAAAGAACAUUACAUGCUGCUCUUCUACGUCGGCUGUCAUUAGCUUAUCCUGAUUUCUCUGCAGGAAUUCCUUCUUUAGGCGGCUUUGAAUUUUCAAAUCAAUCUGUGAAAACAAGCCUUUUUGCUGCUGAUAAACUACAGAUCAGGAGUCUCGUUUUUGACGAGCCAUCUGAUUCACAAAUGUUAGAGCCGAGAGAUGACCUGCAGACUCCAAAUGUUAGCAACAAUAGAUUGUCUGUUGGGAUAACCCCCAAAACCAAAAGGCUUCCAAAGUGUGGUGAGAUGCUUCUAUCCAUACAUGGCUCGCCCCUCGGUGUCUUCAAGGAAGACAACAUGGAAACUAUACAAGGUAUGGGUCUCUUUACGAACGAACAAUACAACAAACACUUUUUGUAAAAUCCUUUCUAUCAUCUUACAGAGAGCGAAGAUGGUUGAAUCAUGAGAGCCAAGACGACGUAUUUUGAUGGCUUCAAGCAAGGUAGUUCUACAUGUAAAUACGCAAUUUUUUGGACUUUCUAGGUUGGUUUAUCCCUCUUGAGUGGCUUGUAAUGGUCUGAAUGAGUUGCGUUUAAUUUCAUUUUCUUUCUGCCUGUCUGAACAAUGGUGUAGAAUUUCGAAGUUUAUGUGGUGUUUCGUAGAAAACCAGUACAAGGUUUGUGUAACGUUAUUAUCAUAAUGUGUGUGAUAUAGACUGAUACAAUGAAAGGGUUCAUAAUUACUGUUGUUA